GCGCAGGGUAACACGGAGAACUCUGGAAUGUGCGCAAACCACAGUUAUUAUACUAUGACAGCCAUCCAUUGGCCUAUCACAGUAGAGGCUGAGCGUGGUUUAAACUUUGCUCAGCCUAUCGCUGGCACUCAGACUUGUCCCAGUCCCUUGGUGCUCUCCUCUGUCCGCAUCUGGUCGUUGGGUAGAUUAGAUCCAUUUUGUGUCUCACCCCAGAUUCUACACUCAAACAGUUCCUAAUAUGGUAUAAAAAAAGCUACAGCCAGACCUGUAGCUCAUUCUUUUCAAACGUAGCAAAGAGGAUUAUGAAGUUAUGGCCAGGUGCACAUCACAAGUUACAGGCAAAAAUGUUGAAUUACAAUCCAUGUCAUCAAGCAAACACUUGACACAGGUGCGCUUCCUUGUUUAUAUCCAGACACGGGUGCAACGUGAUUGGCUAGUUUCCAGCGCAUCAUGAUAUUACUGGUCCAUGUUGCAGUCAAUCUUCCGGUAAGGCGGACCCAGUUUGUGUCACUAUCAGGAAAUAGACGUGCUUUUAAUUCACACAUUGUUGAUGAAGAUUAUUCGUUAGUCAAAUGAAACCAGUAACUCAAAUGGGUGCUGUAGUUCUGGUGCUAUUUACAAUCGGUGCUUUUAUCAGUCCAGUUCGAUCUCUGGACAAUGGUCUCGCGCUCAAGCCUACAAUGGGUUGGCUGCAUUGGGAGAGAUUCAUGUGCAAUGUCGACUGUGACACGGACCCCAAUAAUUGCAUCAGUGAGAAUCUCUACAUGCAGAUGGCAGAUGUGAUGGUGAUGGAAGGCUGGAAGGAGGCUGGCUACGAGUAUGUCUGCAUCGAUGACUGUUGGCCCAGCCACCAACGUGACGCCAAGGGACGCCUUCAGGCAGACCCGAAGCGGUUCCCCAGAGGCAUCAAGAAACUGGCCGACUAUGUUCAUUCCAAGGGUCUCAAGUUGGGGAUCUAUGCUGAUUUGGGAACCUUUACAUGUGGAGGCUUUCCAGGGAGCCUGGGAUACUACGACAUCGACGCUCAGACCUUUGCUGAUUGGGGUGUGGAUCUGCUCAAAUUUGAUGGGUGCUACAUGAAGUGGACUUUACUGGGAGAAGGUUACACAAACAUGUCAAUAGCACUGAACCAAACUGGGAGAAGUAUCCUGUACUCAUGUGAGUGGCCACUGUAUGAGUGGCCGUACCAUCAGCCAGACUAUGCUGCCAUACGGAAGGUCUGUAACCACUGGCGCAACUUUGCGGAUGUGMAUGACUCCUGGGACAGUGUGAAGACCAUCUUGGACUGGACUGCCGACCAUCAGGACGCCAUUGUCCCAGCGGCUGGGCCUGGGGGCUGGAAUGACCCUGACAUGCUGGUGAUUGGAAACUUUGGCCUGAGUCACGCCCAACAGGAGUCUCAGAUGGCAUUGUGGGCCAUCAUGGCCGCCCCUCUGCUGAUGUCCAAUGACCUGAGAGACAUCUGCCCCCGGUCCAAGCAGCUGCUGCAGAACACAAGGAUCAUCGACAUCAGUCAGGACCCACUGGGCAGGCAGGGCUAUCGCACAGCCAAGGUGGACAGUUUCGAGGUGUGGGAAAGACACCUGUCUGGUGGCCGGUUGGCUCUGGCAGUGAUGAACAAGCAGGAGAUCGGUGGUCCCCGAGGCUUCCCCCUCACCCUGGCCACGCUGCCUAGUUGGAAGAUCUGCCACCCCCAGUGUAAUGUCACCCAGGUCCUGCCCAGCUACAAGGAGCUGGGGGUCCAGACCCUACUCAGUAAACUUGUGGUGGUGGUCAACCCUUCUGGCACAGCACUGCUGACUGUCACCCCCAUUUAAGUGUGACUUCAACACCCAAUGGCAAUUAUGGAAGGACAUGCCCAACGUGAGCAGUUCUUUAGUAUGGUGUAGCUAGCAGACAAGCAUAUGGGCCCUGGCCUGAUUGAAAUGCACAGGAUUUAUGAACCUUAGAAUAGGUUAUUUAGUUGGUGUGCUUCCCUUGAAUUAUUAGAGGGAUUUUUCAUCUUUAUUUUAAGUGUGGAAUGUGUUAGUAAUUGUUCAUGUUUUGUAUGCCAAUUGUUCUGGUCACAAAAAGGAGAUUUGCUGGAUGGCAGACACCAGAAUGUUCAGAUAUCAAAAAUCAGUAGUACUGUAACAAUUUUUCCUGAUUUGCAGUAACUGUUACUUUGGUACAAUCAUGUUUGGAAAUGUUCACAUUUAAUUAAAGGGGCAAUCUGGAAUUCAAACAAAACCAAAGCCAUCAACCUGCCACUUUUUUGGUAAACUUCGGGAUGGGGCUGGAAAAACAUUACUUAAAUUUACGGUAACACUUCAACCAGCGUUAUCACAGGGUUAUAACCAUGUCAAUGUCAUAACAGCUGACAUAACUUGUCAAAAUGGGAUCAUAACAUUGUCAUGACCCAUAUUUACACCUGUUGUGACAUUAUUUUUAUGGCUGGUUAUGACACUUGCAUAAGUGUCAAAACCCACAUUUAUUCAAAUGUUUUUUCCCUGGCAAGAAGUCCUUCGUAAUUCUUUAGUCGUUUUUUUCUUCAUAUUUUAAAUAACUUGUAGAAAACACUGACCCUGUGACUAAGAAAAUGCUUUUUGAAAGUGUCAAAGUGUAUGACCAGAAUAUAUGCCCUUAUGUCAAGAGGGUGUCUUGUCCUGCAUACAUCCCAGUCAUCAGCAAGUGUUGGGGUUGGUGCAUGUCUGACAUCAAUGUGUGUGCAAUUACAAUUUAAUUUGGUCAAUUUUAGAAAAUUAUAGUAAACAUACUGUUGACAAGUAGGCUAUAUGGUGUAAUGGAAUGUUUUGCCUUGUGUGGUAAUGUCUUAACCAGCCAUAAAAUAAUGCAAUAUGUCAAACUUGACGCUGGUUGUCCCCAAAUUUCCACAGGCAAGGUCUGACCAUAUCGAAAUGAUUGUUUUAAAUCUUUUCAAUGCUGUCUUUGCACUACCCUAGUUAGCAUUGGCUGGCAAAACUACUGCAAACUUCCUUCAAACUACACAGGCAAAAAUUGUAUCCAUGUGUUCAUCUGACUAAGUAGAACAAGGGCUUUAAUCCCAAAAUCUCA